AUGGCCCCCCGCUGCUUCAUAAUCCGUCACGGCGAGACCGAAUGGUCCCUCAAUGGCCGCCACACAGGCACCACAGAUCUCCCGCUAACAGCCAACGGCGAGAAACGUAUUAAAGCGACAGGAAAAGCCCUGGUCGGGAAUGACAGGUUGAUAGCGCCGAAAAAGCUGGCUCAUGUGUAUGUUUCGCCGCGGGCUCGUGCGCAGCGGACGCUGGAGUUGCUGGAGAUCGGAUGCAGAGAGAGACUUCCUUGGACGGAGGCGCGGAAGCCCGAGGAUGAGGAACCGAUUCGGACGGAAGCCAAGGUCGAGGUCACGGAGGCUGUUCGGGAAUGGGACUACGGGGAUUACGAGGGGUUGACGAGUAAGCAGAUUAGAGAGAUGAGGGCUGCGAAAGGGGAGGCACCGUGGGAUAUUUGGAGAGAUGGAUGUCCCGGUGGAGAAUCCCCAGAAGAUGUUGUCCGCCGACUUGAUGCCCUUAUUGCUGAUAUCAGGAAGAAAUUCCACGGUCCGUGUUUUAACGGUGAAAGUGGACAAGGAGACGUUCUUGUUGUCGCGCACGGCCAUAUCCUACGGGCUUUCGCCAUGCGUUGGACUGGAAAGCCGUUGACUGAGACAGCGCUGAUUCUGGAAGCUGGAGGAGUGGGCACACUGAGUUACGAGCAUCACAACAUCGAGGAACCGGCCAUCAUCCUCGGAGGAGGCUUCGUCGUUGAGAACUAG